CCUCUCUGACACAGACUCUACUUAGUGCGUUGGAGCGAGGCACUGAGGCUCACACACACACACACACACACACACACAGCAGCACAGCUUCUCAAUGGGGGGAAGCAGCCAAGAGCAGACAGAGCAGUCGUUCCGCCGGAGCCUUCCGCCGCACGCGUGAGAAAGAAGACGACAAGUGAGGAGGAAGAGGAGGGAGAAGAGGGGGAGGCAAAUCAGCUCCCUGUCAUCACAGCACAGGAGUUCCACUGACAGGAGGAGAGAGUGAGUGAGAGAGAGAGAGACAGGACUUUUCAAGGGAGGAGAGGAGGAGAGAGGUUGCACUUGUGUGGCUGAUACAGCAGUGGCAUCUUCAGCGUCCUCUUCCCUCCAACCCUGACCACUUUGUGACUAAGACUCCUGGGUGUGUUUUUGCCUUUGGUGACUGUCACAGGAUUAAGAGAAAUAAAAGGAAAGGAAGUGCAGCAGCAGCAGCAGCAUCAGCAGCAGGAGCAUCAGCAGGAGGAGCAGCAGCAGCAGGAGCAUCAUCAUCAGCAGCAGCAGGAGCAGGAGUCCACAGGAGGGAAUAUUUUUUGUGUGCUGUGCUGUUUGUACUGGAAUUUCAGCAGGAAUCUCUGGCUCUAAAGUAUGGAUGGAUUUACCACAGAAGAGUGAGUCUGCUGUGCAGACAGACAGGCGCUGCUGGUUCUGACUGAGCCUCUUCUUUUCUCCUCAACACUCAGACUCAGCCUCACCAUGUCCUGGUUGUUGGCCAUGUGGAUUAGCCUGGGCUUCCUGCUGCUGUGCCAGGCCACCCUGUACCAGACCAUCCAGCAGCACCACGUGGCCCGGCCCGGCCGCACAGACAUCCUCACCCUGGAGGGAGGCACGUGUGAGGUGAUCGCCGCCCACCGAUGCUGUAACAAGAACCGCAUCGAGGAGCGUUCACAGACGGUCAAAUGCUCCUGUUUACCGGGGAAAGUGGCCGGGACGACACGCAACAAGCCCUCCUGCGUGGACGCUUCCAUCGUAAUUGGGAAAUGGUGGUGUGAGAUGGAACCGUGUCUGGAGGGAGAAGAGUGUAAGACUCUGCCUGACAACUCUGGAUGGAUGUGCUCCUCUGGGAACAAAAUCAAGACCACAAGGAACACCCAGCCAUACUCCCCUUUUUAGCUUCUGGAAGCAAAAUGCAAAGGAUGCUUCGACAGAAACUGAGCUGCAUUCUUGCUUCUGUAAAGAGAGGGAGCCCUUCAUUGCCUGUUCUGUAGCAGCAGACAAGGCAGGCGCUUUUGUUUGUGGAAGUCACAGUGAGAGCGCGAGAGAGGCCAAAAACACUCGCCCGCCAUAGAUCUGCAUUACCCGCUCCACUGGCUAAAUAGAUCAAUCCAUUCUCGCUCCCACCAAACAAUUAUACACCUUAAUCGAGACGGCUGGAAUGAAAACACCUCCUGCUUUUGAUGACGUUAAACACAUGGAAUCUUAUAUUAAAUGUACAUAACAGAGCUUUAACCAGACGGGAUAGAGAGGUAUUAACAUCCACUCUUGUUGUAAAGCAGACUAAAUGAUUUAGUUUAUUCUUACACAGCCUUUUUGCAGCUGGAAAAUAAAGUUUGUAAAGUUUCUUCAGACACGGGAGUCACAAAACAACACAUGUGAACCUGAUGAUGGAGGCAGCAGCGCAUCAUUAACUCCUCUGACGUACAAACUCGCUGAUUGAGACAGAGACAGACAGACAGACAGAGAGAGAGACAGACAGGUGACAGUUGGAGACUCUGUCCACCACCAUGAGAGACAUGAGCAGGUGUAGGUUAAAGUCUCAGUCCAUACUUCAUAAUAAAAGCACAUUAAAAACACACACAGCACACGACAGGACGUUUCAGAGCAAAAGUCACCUGCAGCGAAAUCCAGCCUCAUGAUGUUCAGUCUCCUCCUCUCAUCUCCUUCACUCCUCUCCUCUCCUUCACUCCUCUCCUCUCCUUCAGCAGAGCCGUCGUGAAGCAAACAGAAAAUCACAGCGUUGUCAUUUGGGAUCAAUAAUAAAUGACUUUAUUUUAAAAAGUACGAGGCUGUAAACGGACGCGUGGCCACGCCCCUGCCGCCGCCGCCGCCGCCACCCCUGCGGCGUUUUUCUCUAUCUUUUUUUAUCCAGGUUUAGGGGUGCAGGAGUGAGUUUGUGCUAUUGAUUCAUUUCUAUUUGUUAGUGUUUGCUGUUCUCAUUGUCUCUGUCACAUUAAAUGGAUCUUGAUGUAUUCUCUUGUCU